GAGCCGAUUUGCAUGCGGCCGCCGCGGCCGCUGCCUGCGCCCGAGCCCGCCGCCGCCGCCGCCGGAGCCCGCGCCCGCGCCCGGCCCGCGCAGCCCCAUGCCUCUGGCGCGGCCCUCCGGGGGGCGAAGGUGAAGACCGGCUCCUAGGAUGAGUGAAGGGGCGGCCGCUGCCUCGCCACCUGGUGCCGCUUCGGCAGCCGCCGCCUCGGCUGAGGAGGGCACCGCGGCGGCUGCGGCGGCGGCAGCGGCGGGCGGGGGCCCGGACGGCGGCGAAGGGGCGGCCGAGCCCCCCCGGGAGUUACGCUGUAGCGACUGCAUCGUGUGGAACCGGCAGCAGACGUGGCUGUGCGUGGUGCCUCUGUUCAUCGGCUUCAUCGGCCUGGGGCUCAGCCUCAUGCUUCUCAAAUGGAUCGUGGUGGGCUCCGUCAAGGAGUACGUGCCCACCGACCUGGUGGACUCCAAGGGGAUGGGCCAGGACCCCUUCUUCCUCUCCAAGCCCAGCUCUUUCCCCAAGGCCAUGGAGACCACCACCACGACCACUUCCACCACGUCCCCCGCCACCCCCUCCGCCGGGGGCGCCGCCUCCUCCAGGACGCCCAACCGGAUUAGCACCCGCUUGACCACCAUCACUCGGGCGCCCACUCGCUUCCCCGGGCACCGGGUGCCCAUCCGGGCCAGCCCGCGCUCCACCACAGCACGGAACACUGCGGCCCCCCCGACGGUCCUAUCUACCACGGCCGCGUUCUUCAGUAGCAGCACGCCGGGCUCCCGACCCCCGGUGCCAGGAACCCCAAGCACCCAGGCAAUGCCCUCCUGGCCCACUGCGGCAUACGCUACCUCCUCCUACCUUCACGAUUCUACUCCCUCCUGGACCCUGUCUCCCUUUCAGGAUGCUGCCUCGUCGUCUUCCUCCUCUUCCUCGUCCUCUACCACCACGACACCAGAAACUAGCACCAGCCCCAAAUUUCAUACGACGACGUAUUCCACAGAGCGAUCUGAGCACUUCAAACCCUGCCGAGACAAGGACCUUGCAUACUGUCUCAAUGAUGGCGAGUGCUUUGUGAUCGAAACCCUGACCGGAUCGCAUAAACACUGUCGGUGCAAAGAAGGCUACCAAGGAGUCCGUUGUGAUCAAUUUCUGCCGAAAACUGAUUCCAUCUUAUCGGAUCCAACAGACCACUUGGGAAUUGAAUUCAUGGAAAGUGAAGAAGUUUAUCAAAGGCAGGUGCUGUCCAUUUCAUGUAUCGUCUUUGGAAUUGUCAUCGUGGGCAUGUUCUGUGCAGCAUUCUACUUCAAAAGCAAGAAACAAGCUAAACAAAUCCAAGAGCAGCUCAAAGUGCCACAAAAUGGUAAAAGCUACAGUCUCAAAGCAUCCAGCACAAUGGUGAAGUCAGAGAACUUGGUGAAGAGUCAUGUCCAGCUGCAAAAUUAUUCAAAGGUGGAAAGGCAUCCUGUGACUGCAUUGGAGAAAAUGAUGGAGUCAAGUUUUGUCGGCCCCCAGACAUUCCCUGAGGUUCCUUCUCCUGAUAGAGGACGCCAAUCUGUCAAACACCACAGGAGUCUAUCCUCUUGCUGCAGCCCAGGGCAAAGGAGUGGCAUGCUCCAUAGGAAUGCCUUCAGAAGGACACCCCCGUCACCCCGAAGUAGGCUAGGCGGAAUUGUGGGACCAGCAUAUCAACAACUGGAAGAAUCAAGGAUCCCAGACCAGGAUACAAUACCUUGCCAAGGGAUAGAGGUCAGGAAGACUAUAUCCCACCUGCCUAUACAGCUGUGGUGUGUUGAAAGACCCCUGGACUUAAAGUAUUCAUCCAGUGGUUUAAAAACCCAACGAAAUACAUCAAUAAAUAUGCAACUGCCUUCAAGAGAGACAAACCCCUAUUUUAAUAGCUUGGAGCAAAAGGACCUGGUGGGCUAUUCAUCCACAAGGGCCAGUUCUGUGCCCAUCAUCCCUUCAGUGGGUCUAGAGGAAACCUGCAUGCAAAUGCCAGGGAUUUCCGAAGUCAAAAGCAUCAAAUGGUGCAAAAACUCCUAUUCAGCUGACGUUGUCAAUGUGAGUAUUCCAGUCAGCGAUUGUCUUAUAGCAGAACAACAAGAAGUGAAAAUAUUGCUAGAAACUGUCCAGGAGCAGAUCCGAAUUCUGACUGAUGCCAGACGGUCAGAAGACUACGAACUGGCCAGCGUAGAAACCGAGGACAGUGCAAGCGAAAACACAGCCUUUCUCCCCCUGAGUCCCACGGCCAAAUCAGAACGAGAGGCACAAUUUGUCUUAAGAAAUGAAAUACAAAGAGACUCUGCAUUGACCAAGUGACUUGAGAUGUAGGAAUCUGUGCAUUCUAUGCUUUGCUCAACAGGAAAGAGAGGAAAUCGAUUACAAAUUAUUUAUAUGCAUUAAUUUAAGAGCAUCUACUUAGAAGAAACCAAAUAGUCUAUCGCCCUCAUAUCAUAGUGUUUUUUAACAAAAUAUUUUUUUAAGGGAAAGAAAUGUUUCAGGAGGGAUAAAGCUUACAAUUAAAGCUUUUGGGUAGAAUUCUGAAUCCAAUUUCAGUUAGUCCCAACACUGUCCUCUUUGGCUCUUAGGAGAUGUGGGCAAUUCAGACCCUUGGCCCCACAGCGCCAGUGCCUCAUUCAAAAGCACUGGCAGUUACCUGGUUUCAAAAAGAGGAGAGCCGUAUCCGCAGGUGGAUGCGCCAGUGAGCAGGUGGCCCUUGCCAUUUGGCUUGCCAGUCCCAAGCCCUAAAUUUCUGUUCACCCAAUAGCCUCAUCACAGGUUAUGUCAUGUCGACAAAUGCAGCGUUUUCUAUUUGAUUUUUGGAGAAUGGCACAAAAGACUGCAAUGCGAAGGAGGACAGGAGAGAGAAGGAGAAACUGGGGGCAAUCGUAACAACUCUUGUGUGGCACCUUCCUCUGAGAUUUGAAUGCACACAUCUCAGCUGGAGGUCUGAAAUUAUCACAGAAAAAGAGACAAAAAAAAUCACUAUGUCGUGUCACUAAAAUCACGCUAAUAGAAAUGUUUUUCCUUGAGAUUGUUUAGAGGCUCUGGAGGAGCGUUUCUCAGUUUUUGUGUGACUGUGUGCACAUGUGCGUGCGACCGUGUGUGUGUGUGGACUUGCUCACGCGAGCACAUAUGCUGUAUGCACAUGUGUUCAUUGUGCGUAUGUGUGUGCAUGUGUGCGCGUAUUACGCUUGCUAAAAUUUGUUCUGAAACAUCAGGGAAUCUAAUAUUCAGAGAAAGUAUUUCCCUCUUAGAUCUGUUCACUUUAAAUUUUUCCAUUAAUUAUAAAGUUCAGUCAGUUCUUAAAUCAAGGUCACUUGCAUGGUGGAGUCCUAUAAAACUCUUGACACUGUCUAGACCAUUUUCUGAUGUGAAUACUUUUGAGAGGAGCAACUAUUGGCUCAUUAAUGAUAACAGUAUCAUCAGGUGAGUUAACUGAGGAUGUGUGUUUAUUUUGAAUCAUGCCUACUUAAAUUAUUAAUGCAAGACAAUUAACAAAUUGACAGUUCCCAUUUGCUUUCUCAUCAUCCUCAUUACUAUUUAUUUUAUAGCAAGUCUACUACGUGUGGACUGAGGCUUCGGCUUCUGUGGUUAAUAUGGGAAGAAUAACUUGCUGAAAUCAAAAAACCCAGACUAUUCAGUUCACAAGAAGCCCCCAAAAGAACAGUAAAUUGUGUUGUAUGUUCAUUUGGAAUAAAGCAAUAUUUUUACCACUGCUAAGGUGAACUGAAACCUCUCCUGAAGAUUUGUCUAUUUAUUUACCCUCAUUUUCAUGGGACAUAUGAGGAAAUUAGUGUUCAUAUACCCAGUCUUUUUCCAAUUAUUGGUGGUGUUGAGUUGUUAUGUUUACACCGUUUUAAAUAAAAAGGCACAGUAUUUGAAAGCAUAAAAGAUUUCUUUUACUGCAGUUUUGGAAAACCUUGGUUAAAAUCUCUUUGUGGAAGACACAUUCCAUGGAAAAGGAAUGUAACUAUUUCUGAGUCAAGCCGUAAAGAGAUCCAAUUCAUAUUUCAGGUUAAGUUGUUUCUGCUGAAAAUACAUUGCAAAUUGGUCUUUGGGAACAUCUGUUAUUAGUAGACAUACUGUCAUCCAGACAAAAGAAAGAGCACUAUGUAUUUAUCAGAACUACUUAAUAGAAAUUCAAGAUCUCAAAUGUUGAAACACUUUGGUAAAAAUGCACUUUACAUUUAACAAAAGGUUGUGUGAUAUUUAUUAUUUUUUCUAUAUUCCAUUGUUUUGAAUAUAGAGGUAAUACUGGUAGAAUUUUAAAAGAUUAUCAUAAAUUUGUAAUGUCUAGAUCAUCUAAGUUAUUAUUUAAAAAUACUGUAUGUAUGGAAACAUUUUAGAAAAUGGUCUUAAAAACUAACAGGUCUAUAAAAACCCAAUAAGUAGAGCAUCCAAUAUGUCAUUGUGUUGAAAUUUAUCACAAUUAUCAAACAGCUGGAAGGCCUCACAACUUUGUUGAAGUCAACCUUGUUCUUGUAUAUUUUUUUAACUAAAAUGCUUUACUUGCUUAUCUGGAAGAUUGGUUCUGAAUUUACCAUUAAGAAGGUAUAUGCUGUAUAACUCAUUGCAGUUAUACUAACAUAUUGUUUACACUGAAAACAUUGUCAGUGAAACUUAAGUCUUGGUCCAACCCCUUAUUUUUU